UGUUUUCAGCACUUUCAUGAGGUCAGUUUGUGCCAGGGGAGAUAAUGAGCCGUCUACUAGUACAUCGUAUUAAUAGGAUUGUGAGGAGUGAAUUAGUCCUCUGAAGCUCUAUUCACAUGUUUGGUCACAGUCAGGUGGUAAAGCCUCUGGGACAGACAUGAAGGACCCACAACUCCCUGGCAUCAAAACACGGCUAUGGCCAAAGCCAAAAAUGAGCAAAAAUGCCACAGACGACUCCACAAAAGUGGAAAAGUCAGCAUCUCCCCUGGCUUCUGCUGCCACCAGUGUCAUUCCACAGCUCACCGAGGCAGAAAGAGUCAAGCAGACUCCCAUCGAAAGGGUCAUCUAUGACAUGGCGCACAACGAGAGGAUAGUCAGGGACCUGAUGCUCGGUCGGCGGGUUGGGUUUUAUGAGCUCCGUGGAGAGGUCGGCCAGGGAAACUUCUCUACAGUGAAGUUGGGCAUCCAUGCCUUGACUAAAGAGAGAGUUGCUGUUAAAAUUAUUGACAAGUUGCGUCAAGACAAGAAGAGCCAGUCUUUGGCCUCCUGUGAGAUCAGCUGCAUGGAGAAGCUGAGCCACCCCAACAUAGUGCGCCUUUACGAGGUGAUAGAGACCACCAGAAGGCUGUACCUGGUGAUGGAGUAUGGCAGCGGGGGGGACCUGUUCUCCAGAAUCACCAGCAGGGGGAAGCUGAACGACCUGGAAACAAAGCUGGUGUUUGCACAGAUCAUCUCCGCUGUGAAACACAUGCAUGACAACAACAUUGUGCACCGGGAUCUUAAAGCCGAGAACAUCUUCUACACCACCAGCUAUUGCAUCAAGGUUGGGGACUUUGGUUUCAGUACAGAAUGCGGCCCUAAUGAGCUACUCACCAGUUUCUGUGGCUCCCCGCCUUACGCUGCACCCGAACUCUUCAGGCAGAAAGGUUACGUCGGACGCUAUUCGGACAUCUGGGCUCUAGGUAUUCUCUUGUACUUCAUGGUGACAGCAACUUUACCCUUCUAUGGAGACAACCUUGGGAGGCUGAAGCGCUGCAUCCUGCAGGGGUCUUACAGCAUUCCUUCGUUUGUACCUGAUCCGUGCCAGCUUCUCAUUAAGGGCAUGCUGCGGAUUGUGCCUGUGGACCGCUCCUCCAUCACAGAGAUUACAAACAGCACUUGGCUGAAGGGGAUAGAGUAUCCUCGCCCAUAUGUCUCUUUACCCACAUCUCCAGCCCACUUUGCCCAGGCCAAUCAGACUCUGAGUAUGGAGGAGCAGGAGGUAAAGAAUUUCCUCUCAGGUUUAGGCAUUUCAAAGGUUCAUCUGGAAAACAAUCCAUGUUUAGACUGUAGAAGUCCUCUGACGGGGACCUAUAGGAUCCUCCUGCAUCGGGCUCAGAAGAGGAGGCUUGUGGAGGCUGUGGGAUACUCGGCGCAUCACCCUGAUGAGUACGGGAGUCCUAGCAAAUGGUCGGAAGCAUCUGUUGGCAAACACCUUCCCUCUGCUGUCUGUGUGAUACUGUAAUAUACAUUAACAGUAGUGGACCUGGUGAUGGAUGUUGGUUCAGGCCUUGUCCACACUAACAUGGAUUAUCUGCAAACCAGAGAUUUUCUUUUCCUCUGUGUCUGAGAUUUGUGUCAUCUGUUUUCAAUAUGGAGGUCAGUUUUCAGUGGCGUAAUAGAGGCCCACUUUGCACAUGCCUACUCUGGCUUUUUGUGCUAGAAUCCACAACAAUAGAGCAAUUUAUAGGUAUUUUAUUUCUGAUUCUGUUACCUUCAAACUGAACUGAAAAAGUUAUUGGCUGAGAAUAAAGGGCAAACUGAGUCAAAAAACACAAGCUGCAGUUGUUAUUGGAGACAACUGCAGCAUUUUAGCACUGCUUUUCCAUGCUCAGGGUCUUCUUCUUUUAAAUUUAAAUGAAUGUAGUUGAUGUUGUCAUUAUCCAGGGACUGAAAUGUUUUUAAUGGGAAGUACAGUGGCCUAGUAUUCAUGGGAGUUAGGAACCAUAGCUGCCUACAAAUAACUAAAAUCAAUGAAUACUUGAGACUCCCUCUAAAAAUGCUUAAAACUACCUAUUUCAAUAGUUCACACAUAUCAAAUACACCAUAUUGCACAGCGGAAACUAUCUUAGCACUUAAGCA